AUGGGAAACAUUUACCAGUGUGCUACGUUCACAAUCAUUGCCUCGGCAGCCAAAGGCGUGAAGCAAGGAUUUCUCAGGGAUCGGCAUGCGACUAUUGGACCGGCAAGAGAUAUGACGGCGCCUCAGCCCAUAUUCAAAAUCAAGGCAUACGGAAAGCGUGGGAAGCACUAUGUCCAAGUCCCCAUUCUUCUCACGCCGUACCACUUCGACUACCCCGAGCCGUGGUAUACUAGAGCUUGGACCUUCCAGGAACUCUUGUUCUCAAGACGUCGCCUUCAGUAUCUGAAUAAUCUAACAACAUGGAGUUGCUAUUGUGGAGAACAGGUUGUCCAGCAUUGCGAUGGUUGGAUCAUCGGAAAGGCACACACACAUCCUGGGUAUGGCAUUGCGGAGCAAGAAACCUUCUCGGAUGUGAUGGAAAUACUCAAGAACCCUGGUGAUGCCCAGUUCAACUCCAGUGAGCUUCUCGAAUACUGGUGUGAGCUUGUGGAUAUGUAUUGCACCCGAAAAGUAACAUAUCAGAGCGAUCGCUUGCCGGCAAUAUCUGCAAUAGCGCAAGAGUUUGCGGUGGCUCUGAAAGACAAGUACAUCUGUGGUAUUUGGAAAUCAGAUCUGCCAUCGGGGCUUUUGUGGUCUUCACAAUUCGCUCAAAUUGACAACAAGAACCCAGUCCGACGUCCUGGCCCUGUCGAGAGGCCCACACCGACAUGGAGCUGGUCGGCUUACGAUGACGAUGUCACAUGGAUCAACACGCAUCUCGAGAAACAGAAGGAUCCAGACUUCGAAAUCUUGAGUCACGAUAUUCAGCUCGUAUCUGCCGAUGCGCCAUUUGGUGAGGUCAAGAAGGGCGAGCUUCGUGUGCGUGGCUUGAUGAUAGGGAUCCCACUUCCAACCAUAAGUGCUGAAAAUGGGAUACCAGUCAUCAUUGUUGAGGGGAUGGAGAUGCCGGCAAUUAUUGACUAUCCCGACGACCCCAGAUUGCAACAGAACUCUGUUUCAAAGUUGAGCGCACUCAUUGUCGUCCAAACCGGUUGGUCAAUUCUAGAAGGAAUUAUAGUAGCGGAGGAAGAGAACAACAAAUGGUCUCGUGUUGGCUGGUGGGACUCACAACAUACUCGAACGGAACCAUUAGCGCCAGGAUCUACUGAGAAGGACAGCAUGAAAUCUGUGAAGGAGGCAUAUCGAGCCAAGUUAAGAAGUCUUUGGGGCGGCAAAGAGAAUGUUCGUGAAAUAGUAUUGAUGUGA